AUGCCCGAGAGCCAGCUCACUCUACACGACCGAGUACCAAAAGUAUCAAGAAAAGUCCGGACUUGCACCGAAUGCCGCAGACAAAAAGUAAAAUGCAUCGUCCAAGCCGAUAGACAGACAUGCAUGCGCUGCGAGAGGAGUGAUUUGACGUGUCGGUUUAAUAAAAGUCUUCAAACAAUUCUUGAAGAAGAUACAGAGGUGAAGACAAAUCUCCAAAAUAGGCUUUCUCGUAUCGAAAAAGUACUGCAUGAUAUUGUCGAGAAGAACAACCAUGAGACGCCGACGAUAUCUCCACAUAAUCAUGAUCCUGAACGGAUGGACACAUCGGGUUUGCUGUCACAGCCCCAGAAUGUCAAUAGUGAAUUUAUGCCUUCGAGUCAGAUAAAUGUCGACUCUGGUCAACGAAAUCAUGUCUCGUUUGGUGGUGUCGUGAAUAAUGAGUUUCCCCUAACAUCCGGUGUUAGAGAGGCUCAGUUAUCAGAGAGCAACAGCCAUAAUCAACUCAGCACUGAGCCGAUAAGGUCGCUCUAUGAAGUGACCAAGAGACAAAGCUUUCAACGAGGUAGCGACACAGAUGAAACCGGAAAUAAUUCAUUAGCGCCAGAAAACACAGAUGGAGAUAUCAUCACAAAAGGCAUCAUCAGUGCACAUGAAGCGCAGGAACUUUUUGACUACUUCAUGACGAGCCUGAAUCAUUAUCUAUGGGUUGGCUUAGACAAUGAAAAUGCAACUCUCGAGUCCAUCAGAUACGGUUCAAAACUCCUGGCACUUGCAAUUCUCACGGCCACGGCCAUGCACAUGCCCAACCGAACAGCCACAUACGACCUCUGCUAUCGCGAAUUCACCGCACUAGUAGCAAAAUCAAUGUUCAGCAACGAAAACACUCUUGAGGAUGUUCGCGCCCUCUGCAUCGCCGCAUUCUGGCUUCCCGAUCUGUCAUGGAAACUUUCAGGACAAGCAGUCCGUCUCGCAACAGAGCUGGAACUCCACACUGCGUUUUUCAAAACCCCCGAAACCAGUGAGACCCAUCAGAGAGCUCGCAUGUGGUACAUGCUGUAUGUCUGUGAUCACCAUUUCGCGAUUGCGUACGGAAGACCGCCAAUGGUUCAAACAAGUCUACAAAUUCGAGAGCACGAGCGAUUUCUUGAAUCGCCGUAUGCGGAUUCUGUGGAUUAUCGGCUUCUCAGUCAGGUGGCCCUUUUUUCAAGGUUUAUUCAUAUGCAUGAGACGCUGUGUGAGAAUGCGAGUAAGUUGACUGUGUCUGAGGUGGCGACCAUGGUUCGAGAGUACAAUAUACAACUGGAUCAAUGGAGGUUAUUGUGGGAGCCGAGACAAUUGUAUAACAAGUUCAUCGGCACAUUCCCUCCUCAGGGCAACGUGCUGUACUAUCAAUUUGCAAAACUCCAACUCAACGUGCUCGCCAUACGAUACAUGUCCUCCAGCCGCACAGACGAUCGAAACCUGCUAGACCUUCGCAAAAAGGAAUUCGUCAAUAUCGCCGCUACCGCAGCGUUCAACAUCCUCGAUCUACUUUUGGAAGACCCCUGGAUGCGAAAAGCCCUGGUUGGCGUGCCGCUGUUUGUGCACACAAUGCUGACAUUUGCAUGUCUUUUUCUGUUCAAGUUGGGGACACAGUGGAAUCGGUUCUUUUUAGGGGUGGGGUUUGCGAUGGAUUUGAAUAGUUUGUGUCAUCUGAUUGGCAGGGUGGUGCAUUGUAUACGUACUUCGACGGCGGGGGAGAGACAUAUUGUGCAUCAUAUUGCGGUUGGACUGGAUAAAAUGAUUGCCAAAUGCAGGGAGCUGCAUGCUAGUCGACAUGCGACGAGACAAUCAUCGCCGACAACGGUUCCUGAUACUCCGGGUCCGGGGGGUAUGGAAUUGAGGCAGUAUCAUGAUGAGCAGCAGCAGCAGGUGAUUCUGGAAAACGGCCAGGGAAAUUUAUACGCCAACGCAUCGAUCAAUACUUCACUUCCUGCUCCUUUGUCUGCUGUUUUCUCGCAUGCUCCUGGUAUAGUUUCGGGUCAGAAUCCGCAUGCAGUUCAAUUGGAGGAUGUAAUGGGUGACGCAGAUCUGUUGGAUAUGAUUGGGUCUCUUGGGGGAACAGGGAAUAUGUUUCCGUUUGAUGAAGUCAAUUUCUGGGCAGAGGAUAUGUAA